CCAGUCAAAACCCUCAACGAGUGCUUGGAGAUCCUUCUGCGUCCUAUCCAUCCGAGCCGCCAAGUACUGUCACGUCACAGACGAUCCUGGAGCAGGCCAUUGACAGUGCUUGUGAACAUAUUCAGCGAGAAUUUCGACCCGAUGAUAGCAUCGAUCGGAUGCGGCACAGCCUGGGCCGUACUUGGAUCACCGUCUACCGCGUCCUCCACGAGGUCGGGGAUCCGAACCUAAGGAACCGUCUUAGAAACUGGACUGAAUUCGAUGCUUAUGUCGAGCCUGGGAGCAAUGCAGAGCGGGAAUUUAUUGAGUUGCUGAGAAGUAUGGCAAGCAACCAGGUGCCCUGGAGUGAUUUAUUCAAAAAUGGAGCGUUUCUAAAACCUGAGCCAAAGACAACUGUCGAGUUGGACAUCGAUUUCGCCACUACACUGGCAUGGCGUGGUACAUUUAAAGGCGACCUCGCAAAUGUGCUUUUGGAGACUAUUGCGGAUUGCCUUUCUAAGGACAAGGUCAGAACUCCAUAUGGGGGGCUAAGCUGCAUCGUAAAUUCAUCCGGAACCGGCAAGUCUCGUAUGGUGGACCAGCUUGGCACGGAAGUUAUAACGGUGCCUAUGUGUUUACGUCCGGGAAUCAGAGGAAUGCCUCCUCCUGAUAGGAAACUGCGUGGCUGGCUUGUUUCUCCGAUAGACGAUAGGACUACUGUCCAGAACAUGCUAUAUGGAUUCGCAUGUUCUCUCUUAGUGGUCACUCUCAGGAAACUGAAGACCAUUGUGUCAGAGAAACAAGAUAUAGCCCAGUUACCAAGUCUUGAUUCGACAUCUGCUCAACAAUCGUCAAAGGAAAAGCCGAAGGACUACGUGUCAUUGGUCAUGGAUCGCCAUAGGAGGUUGGCAGCUGCCUUCCGCGAGUGUAUGACUGCAGGACAAUCAUUUCAUGCAUCGAAUUCCUAUCGAGAAACUUUCUAUGAUGAAGUAGUUAAGCUGGCCGAGAAGUUUGCGGAAAACAGCGCACAGGUUAGGAGCGAAAAUGAACUUGAAUAUGACCAGUAUGUUUCGGGAGGGGAGGGCCUACACCAGGCAGGCGAAAGCCUCUGUCGCUUCAUAGAUGAACACAAGGUUCUGGAACCGGAUGAAGGCCCCCGACGGCCUCUGGUUGUCCUUGCUUUCGACGAGGCACAUAUCCUCACUAGUAAUCCACCAGACCAAAAUGACUGGAACUUGUUCUCGGAGUUGGGUCGAAUUCUAGGACAAAUCCAAGAUCUCCCAAUAUUUUCACUCUUUCUUUCAACAGCCGGGUGCUUCAAGAUUCUUUCUGAUUCUUCGGCUUGGGCCAGAGAGCCUGACAACUGUUCCCUGAACCUGAUUUCUGAAAUCAGUUUUGACGACAUUGCGUACCCGGCAUUGGAGGGUACGGUCAAGAUAGACAGAGUGGUAGGAAUUGAUUGGAUUUCCCAUCUUGGUCGCCCAUUAUUCGGGUCUUACUGGGACAAGCUGCCACGGCAACUUAAACAUGGGUCAUUGAUUAUGGAUUACGCAAUGCAGAAACUGCUGAACGGUCCAAAUGAGCUGAGAGAUAGCAACCCGGCCGGUACCUUGGCCUGCCUCUCUGUACGUUUUGCACUGGAGUUCAACAUGGAUGGUUCGGCUCGCGAUGUCAGCUAUGUUCAGGUUGAAAAGCAUAUGCGACUCUGCAUCGCGGCGACUGCUGGAUUUGAGAAAUUGAUCACCAUUCCUGGGUCUGAACCACUGCUGGCUGAGGCUGCCUAUCUACUCCUGAAGGACACGCGGAGGAAUGCGGUGCGCCAUCUGGCAAACCAUUUGGAUUUGAACUGCAUUGACCGUGGGCGGCGUGGUGAACUGGUUGCAACCCUGUUGAUCAUGCAAACAUAUGAUGCAGCACGCGCAAUUAGUGGUAGAAGAUGGGUGUCUGUGGUCAACUUCAUGGAGGCCUUACUUCCGGCAUCAAACUAUGAAAUGCUUCUCCAAUCUGGGCCCACAUCUUGGCCGAUGGAGGGUGGGUCCAUGAAACAGGACAGCACAUUCCGGGCAAUAUUUGAGGACUAUGGCAUGUGGUUUAACCAUGUCAUCAAGAUUGAGAGAAAGGAGCUGAUCUCAAUCGACCAUCUGUGGAAAUAUGUUAUGCGUGGGGCGAUGAUAUUGUGUGCGACUAAUCAAGAAGGCAUUGAUAUUGUUUUGCCCAUUUGUCACACAACGCAAAAUCUGGGCCCUGAUUCUGUGACAGCUGUAGUCAUCCAGGUAAAGAAUGCAUGGGAUUACAAGGCAACCCUCAAACCAUCAUCAUUUGAUGCAAUGGAUUUUAUGGUCAAAUCGGCCAUAUUCUCCAAGCUUCGACUCUCUGACUCUGACUCCGAGUCAACUCUGGAGCUGAAGACCACAGAGCCAGCAGAGCCCAAGAAGAAGAAAAGGAAGGUGGACCUGAGACCGAGGGAAGUGGUUCCAGACCUGGAGGUGGUUCCAAAGCCGGUUAUCCGAGUGGUAUUUGCCUUGGCUUCUCCAGAGCCUGCUGUAAUCUUCAAGGAACAACCUGAGGCCAAGCAUCCUUUUGAUGGGUUUACUACCUUUGAUAUCUGGCUUGCAGGCCUCUCACAUGAAACCUUCAGGCAGAUUCAAGAAGUAGAUUUAGAAUCAUACAAAAUACUUCUAGAACGCUCACUCAUGCCUCAUGAUGCAUUCAAAUUGAAGGAUGAGCCAAAUGUAGGUGAGAAGGCAAGGAAAGGCAAAGGGGCCUGCAGGCAGAGGAUGGUGCCACUAGCCCACUUAGGAUGUAGUCAUCAUGCCAUCCACCUCCCAGGCCCAAAGAACCAGGAGAGGGGUCUGGAAUACAUCUAGCAUCCCCA